AUGGGUAAAGAGAAAGUAAAUCCAAGUGACUAUACGAUAGCCAAUGUUAAAUACGAUACCGUAAUUAAAAAGCCCGGAGAGAUAGCGGGACAGCAAUUCAUUGUAGAGAAUUGUGAAUUUGCAAACAUUGGACUUUUUGAUUAUAUCAAUACCAUUACCAUUGAUGACUGCAAUAAUUGUUCAAUAUUUGUCGGACCCACAAUUGGCAGUGUUGUUCUCCGGAAUUGCAUCAGUUGUCGGCUAAUGUGUUGCUCACAACAGUUCCGAUCCAGAGAUUGCAAAAAUAUUGAGAUAUUUCUAUACUGUGCGACACAACCGGCCAUUGAAUCGUGUUAUGACCUCACGUUUGGCUGCUUUUCAGCUAAUUAUAAAGGAUUAGAAGAACACUUUAAAAAAGCAAAUCUUUGUGUUUUAAACAACAAUUGGACUAAUAUUUACGAUUUCACACUUAAUGAUGAGGAACAGCACUGGACUCUCUUCUCAAACUCAGUGAAAGCUGACGAUUAUUUCUCUGGUAUUACAUGCGAUGACGAGUUGGAGCUAUCGUUUAAUUGGAUGACAAGUGUUGUCCCAAAGACAUUGGGGUCAAUGCCGACGGCCAAUGGCGUGAAUGGAGAGCUCUGUCUUAUUAUGGUUAUAGCCGGAGAUGAGACUCACAAGACUGCACUCAAUUUGAUUAAAGAGAUGCAAAACGAAACAGAGUUAGUUUUGAUGAAAACUAAAGAAUUUCAUUCCGUGACUACGGAAUCGCAACUCAUGUUUGGCGUUGAGGCCAACCAAAUGAUUAUCGCUCUCCUAUACAAAGGUCGUGAUUGUGUCAAAAAAAGUCAAAACAUUGGGAAAGGAUUUUCU